GCCACAAAUAGGGGUUACACACUUGAGAUGUAGACAGUUUGAGGAGCUACAUUUUAUAUUUAAUUUUAGUUAUUUUGAAUUAAAAUAGUCCACAUGGUGAGUGCCUACUGUAUUUGCCAGCACAGAUAGGGAACAGUUCCAUUAACACAGAAACUCUAAUUUUCCACCUCAGUCCUUCCCUGUGUACUUAAUGCCCGGGUUGCUAGGCUGUGGGCUUCACGAGAACAGGAUCCUGGUCCCUUCUCUUCAUUCUGGUUUCCCGGGUACCAGGUGCUUUUCUUUCAGGACGCAUUCAGUAAAUGAGUCAAGGACUCCAGCCAGCCCUUGUGCCAGAUCCUGGAGCUACAGAGAAAAAAGACAUGGUUCCUGCCUUUGAGGAGUCUAUGAGAAGACCAGCAGUGAAGAGAAAAGCAGACCAGUAGUUUCUCUACAGUGUGAUCAAGCACCCCGAGCAGAAGGCAGACCGGUAUUUUGUGUUAUACAAACCGCCCCCUAAAGACAACAUUCCCGCCCUAGUGGAGGAGUACCUGGAACGCGCCACCUUCGUAGCCAAUGACCUCGACUGGCUCCUGGCCUUGCCUCACGAUAAAUUCUGGUGCCAGGUUAUCUUCGAUGAAACCCUGCAGAAGUGCCUGGACUCCUAUCUGCGCUAUGUCCCCCGAAAGUUCGAUGAGUGGGUGGCCCCGGCCCCUGAGGUUGUUGACAUGCAGAAACGUCUUCAUCGAAGUGUUUUCCUCACUUUCCUCCGCAUGUCCACUCACAAGGAAUCCAAAGAUCACUUCAUUUCCCCCUCUGCGUUUGGAGAAAUCCUCUACAAUAACUUCUUGUUUGACAUCCCAAAGAUCCUGGACCUCUGCGUGCUCUUUGGAAAAGGCAACUCGCCUUUGCUCCAGAAGAUGAUAGGAAACAUCUUUACGCAGCAGCCCAGUUACUAUAAUGACCUGGAUGAAACCAUGCCCACCAUCCUUCAGGUUUUCAGCAAUAUCCUCCAGCACUGUGGUUUGCAAGGGGACGGGGCCAGCGCCACACCCCAGAAGCUCGAGGAGAGGGGCCGGUUGACCCCCAGCGACAUGCCUCUCCUGGAAUUAAAAGACAUUGUUCUCUACCUUUGUGAUACCUGCACAACGCUCUGGGCCUUUCUGGAUAUCUUCCCCUUGGCUUGCCAAACCUUCCAGAAACACGACUUCUGUUACAGACUAGCUUCCUUUUAUGAAAUCGCAAUUCCUGAACUGGAGUCCGCAAUGAAGAAGAGGAGGCUUGAAGACAGCAAGCUGCUAGGGGACCUGUGGCAGAGGCUGUCCCAUUCUAGGAAGAAGCUACUGGAGAUUUUUCACAUCCUCAUAAACCAGAUCUGCCUUCUCCCUGUCCUGGAAAGCAGGCUUUGCAGAGGAGCAGGGAGGGAAGUUCCAGAUCAUUUGCAUCAAGCGAGCUCAUCUGCCCUGCUGUCCUGUUCCAGCUGUGACAACAUUCAGGGCUUCAUUGAAGAGUUCCUUCAGAUCUUCAGCUCCUUGCUGCAGGAGAAGAGGUUCCUCCGGGACUACGAUGCACUCUUCCCUGUGGCCGAUGAUGUCAGCUUGCUCCAGCAGGCCUCCGCAGUCUUGGACGAAACGCGGACUGCCUACAUCCUCCAGGCCGUCGAGGGUGCAUGGGAAGGGGUGGACCGACGGAAAGCUACAGAUGCUAAAGAUCCGCCAGCGGCUGAGGAUCCUAAUGGGGUCAUUGUGCUGGCAGACGCCGUUGGGGGACCGUCCUCACGUCUGGAAAACUCAGAGGAAGAUGAGCUUUCUCCACAGUGCAUGGGGGCAGCAGCUGCCCUGGGCCCUCCCAUAGGUGGUGUGGAACUGGACUCGCUCAUCUCCCAAGUGAAGGACCUGCUGCCGGACCUCGGUGAGGGCUUCAUUCUGGCCUGCCUGGAGCACUAUGGCUAUGACCCGGAGCAGGUGAUCAACAACUUCCUGGAGGAGCGGCUGGCCCCCGCCCUCAGCCAGCUGGACCGCAGCCUAGACAGGCAAGUAAAGCCAGACCCGACUCCCCUGCUGACAUCUCGUCACAACAUCUUCCAGAAUGACGAGUUUGACGUGUUCAGCAGAGACUCAGUGGACCUGAGCCGGGUGCACAAGGGCAGGAGGAAGGAGGAGAACACGCGGAGCCUGCUGAACGACAAGCGGGAGGUGGUGGCUCAGCGGCAGCGCUAUGAGCAGUACAGCGUGGUGGUGGAAGAGGUACCCCUGCAGCCUGGCGAGGGCCUGCCCUACCGCGGCGACGACUACGAGGAUGAGUACGAUGACACCUACGAUGGCAACCAGGUGGGCGCUAAUGAUGCCGACUCAGAUGAUGAGCUCAUCAGCCGCAGGCCCUUCACCAUCCCUCUGGUGCUGAGAACCAAAGUGCCCGGAGAAGGGCAGGAAGAGGAUGAGGAGGAGGAGGAGGAGGCUGAGGAUGAGGCCCCCAAGCCUGAUCAUUUUGUGCAGGACCCUGCGGUGCUGCGGGAGAAGGCAGAAGCCAGGCGGAUGGCCUUUCUCGCCAGGAAGGGGUACAGGCAUGACAGCUCGACGGCAGUGGCCGGCAGCCCCCGGGGCCACGGGCAGACCCGUGAGACAACCCAGGAACGCAGGAAGAAGGAAGCCAACAAGGCAACGCGAGCCAACCACAACCGGAGAACCAUGGCUGACCGCAAAAGAAGCAAAGGCAUGAUUCCAUCCUGAGGCCGCCCUGUCAGGGCCAGCUGGGAGGGGGCAGCAGCAGACCUGCCAGGCUGAGUUACUACAGCCUCGUGUCUCCUCACCUGUUGGCCUCCUGCUGGGGCCCCAAGUUCAACUCCAACCCCUCAACAGCCUCAGCUUCGCAGCCCCUGAGAAGGCCGCCUCGUCGUCCACCAGCCAGCCGUGAGCGCCUUCUUGCAGAACACACAGUGCCUUAUCCCACAGUGGAGGAGCCCCUGGGCCCAGCGAGCAGGUGAAAGGGAUGGGGACAGAGCCCCAAGGCAAGCCUCACAGACCUCAUGCAGCAAGACACCACUUCUCUUGGUGGUUUCCUUCCCGGAUGGCAGGAAACCUGUAAAUUCAAAAACAAAAACAGAAAAGGCCUGCAAAUAAAGUUUUUGACCCUUUCAAUCAAUGAUCCAUGAGUGCCCCCAGCCUGCUUCCCCUGUAUCCCAUUCUUCAGUGACAGCCACCAUCAGGAGAGUGAGAGAGCAAGGUGAUCGCCUGCUCUGCUCAUCAGCCUGGCGUGCUUGCCUCACGUUUUAACCCCUCCCGAGGUUGCCCUGCUUUGUCUGUCCCUGAGCACAUUACUCCCUCCUCUGAACCUCUAGUCCCUGCUUGUGGAAAGAAGAGAUGAAGGUGUGAGGCCCUCUGGUCCCCUCCAUGCUCUCGUUCAGUCCCUGCAACCUCCACCCCUAGAGGGAGGGAGUAUUUCCAGCCCCAUGGUGUAGGUGAGGCGCUGAGAGCUGGAGGUGCCUGCCCAGGCAACAGGCAGGGCGGUUGGGGGAAGAACAAGGAUCAGACCCUCAGUCUGACCCCUGGCCUUUAUAGAGUCCUAGACUCCCAUAGGUGGUGUCAUUGCCAUCUCACAGCUGUCCCGAGGACACUUGUCCAGUAGCAAAGCCAAUACCAGAAGUCAGAUCCUCCAGAGUCAAGGAGUCAGAGACCAGAAGACGCCUGUGAAGGAGGUCCGUGCCAAGCCCCAUUGAAGGACUUGGGCCUAGUUCCUCAAAACCCCACCCGGGUGUGGUCAGUUGGUUGAUAGUGUGGCAGCAGGUGCCAGGCAUCCCGAUUCCUGGUCUCUCCUCACCCCCAGAUUGUUGCUGAUCAACAGAGGAUCGAGUGUGCGGUAUUUGCCGGCCUGAUCCUCCCCAGCCUGGCCUGGAGUCCAUCCAUUGGAGCCAGGGCCCCUGCCCAGCUGGACCUUGACAAAUCACCCGAGAUGCUUGUGUAAUUUAUUUGCACAUGGUUUGGAUGAGUGUCCGGAGCAGUGAGGCAGACAGGCACUUGACGAAUUGGUUUUGUUAGGUCAGCCGCACAAGUGAAAAUCAAUAGCAAUUCCUCUGAGUCACGCCAGUUCUCUUGGUGCAUUUGAGAUGCAGACCAGAGAGGGGAGCAGUGUCUUCCCCUCCAGCUGCUGAAUUAGCUGAGAUCGGGCUCGGGGUCAGCCACUCUGACAGGCAGCAGGAAGACUCUGUUUCCUCCCAGAGGCCUUUGCCAGGGACCACACAGGUGAGGGUCAUUUCUUUAUUGUCUCCCUGAGCUCCUCAGACCCAGCUCUUGGCGCUGGAGCAAGGCGAGGUGAAUUGGGGGAGCCCUGGGCUUUUCUCACCUUACCUGUUAGUGUUCACACACUCCUUCUCGCCUUCAUUUUGUCAUAUGUACCUCCUGACCUCUGGGAGCGGCGUUCAGGCCUCACCUUGGCAUCCCGGUCUAAAGGAUUAAAGAAGACAAAUGAUUUUUCAAACUUUCCAGAAUGUACUGCCAGACCAAACUUGAUCUCCCUUGAAGAACUAUUCUUCCUCAUUGCAGAUUUUGAGGGCGCCCCCUUCAGGGAUGCUUUGCAAACACCUCACUCAGGAGUCCUCCAGAGCAGUGCUGGCAAGCACAACCCUUCGCUUCUCAGGGCCUCAGUUUUCCCAUCUGCAAAGUGGGUACAUUGGGCCAGGUGAAUGGUUUCCACUUGGUGCCAAUUAAAUCCUCUGAGGAGGCCCCAAGGUUUAAGAUGGGCAAUGGCAAAAGUGUUACAAGUGAAGUGGGGUAGGAGCCCCGUACCCUGCUCACUUGAUCCCUGGGCCCCACCACCCCACCGCUGCUCCUAAGGAAUUUCUAAGUGCCUUCUCUGCACCCUGUUAGAGAACACAGCUAUCACAGGCAUUUCCCAGGAAGCUUUUAUGACCCAGUGCCUCCAAGAGGACUUAGGAUUUCGAGUGCCAUUGUUUCUAGCUCACGAGGGGCACUGAUGGCAAAUGUGUCUGUCUGAACAGGGCUUCUGGACCUCUCUGAGGUGGAGAGAGCAGGGCAGGGCCUGUCAUUGAUUUUAAAAAAAGGGACCCGGGAGCCCAGGGAGGCAAGUUAGCAGUGGAGCCUGGAUGCAGGUCGGUCCUUAGCCCCAGGUGCAGUCUGGAAAAGGAAACGAUUAGCAGGAGCCUGCCUGUCCCUGUCACACCGGGAGCUUGGGUUGAAUAAUGCAUAAUGCAGAGAGGGAGACCAAGAACCACAAACAAAAAUAAACUCACCAAAAAUGCAGGGGGUGGUUGUGGAGCCCCCUACUUUAAAAUGAUGUCAAUGAACACUUGGUAGCAAUGUGAGAAACAAAAUAUUGAAGAGUAAGUUUGUUGUUGGUGGUGUUUUUUUAAGAGAAUGAACUGGAUGGUAAUGCUCCACGAUUGUGAAAAUAUUUUUGGAAAACUUCGUGUACAGACUAAGUCUGGAAAGCAAUGUGCAUAAAUGAAAAUGACAGUAAGACCAUGAUAUUUGUAAUGAGAAUAAAAGCGCUUACCGAGUA